CACCAACUACGGAUCCUGCCACUACAAACUACUGACCUCACACACAUUGGGGUUUUUUCUCUCUGAAACAUCAACCAAAGAGCCACUCGUACCGGCUUACGACUGGACUCUACCAUGGAUCUACUUACCCAAGAGGCCAAGCCUGGCUGGCCUUCAGGCCGCGUGCCCACGGAGAUAUUCAGCAUGAUCGUAGAGCACUUGCCCAAGCGCGCCACUCUCAAGCAACUACGCCUCGUCAAUCGGGAAUUCCACACAAAGUUGCAAUCUGAAUUCUUCAAGAACUUAGUAAUCGAUGUGGGCUCAAAGUUCAGUACUUCAUCGAAUGUCGGCUACCGUUGCCUGGAUGGCUCGACCCCUGAUGACAUUACGGAGUAUAUUAUGAGCUCCAACGGGUUCCACAAUGCAGCCUCAUUCGUCCGUCGCCUCGCCUUCGCUCUGGACUUAACAGAGCAUGAGCUAGCAACUCCCGAAAUUGAAGAGGAUGAUGACAUCGAGAUCCGCAAGUGGGGUGUAUACAGAUGGCCCGUUACUCCCGGCAGUCGCCUAUCUAGAUCACGUCUGGAAAAGAUUACUGAGUCGUUGGAACGCUCGAGAGGAAUCUCCCAUAUCAUGAGCAAAGCCACUCAGAUCCAAGAACUCGCCUUAUCAUGCGAUGGCGGUUUGGGCUAUCUCCAGGGCCCGGAUGUCAAUCCCCAUCAGCCACCGGAUCCGCAACCAAUUUUCGGCGAACUGAACCAGGCUCAAGGGGUCGCAGACCCGUCACUGCCCUCUCUCCAGAUCAGCUUCGAUAAGCCCUACAAACUGGAAAGAAUGGAAAAGAGACUAGCUGCCCAGGGAAUUCCUCGUGACGACAUAUCGGAUACGAUAAAGAAGAUCUUGAAGACGGAAGGAAUCAGCAUGAAUCAAUUUACCCAUGAGACUCGAACGCGAGCUGCCCUUCCCGUGAGCCGUCAUGGCGAGCAAAAGAUCACCCGAUUCCUUUAUUGGCACGGUCAUUAUCGUCUGCAACCGGAUCAGCUCACAGAAGCCCAGGCGAAACUCAUAUUCCAACAUGUUACAACACAGCAGGCACUCGUGCAAGCAUUUAUGUUUACUGCUAUGAAGCACGGCGAAUCUUGCAAAUACUUGACCAAGGUCAACAUCGCGCAUCUUUCUAGCUUCCAUGUGCAUUUGCUGUGCAUGGAUGCGUUCUGGUCGAAACUACCUGCACUUGAGGAAGUGUCUCUGGGUAUUGCGCCUGACUGGAGAGAGGUGACCGUCAAAGACAGAUACACCUUGGAGACGAGACAGGUUUAUCCUACCGACGCAUUGCCUGAAGUAUUCAAGUUACUCAACGAUCACAUCGGUCGACAAGAACGAAUCAAGCGACUCCAUUUCGAGUGGCUCUGUGGUGGCGAGCUGGCUGCUGGCUGGCUCCAAAGAAACAGCUACGUGUUACCGGCGCCAUUCUUGAAGAAGCAUCGACUGGUGAUCUUCUCAGGAAAGGAGAAUCUUCUUAUUCUCCCUCACGUUACGCACUUGUCCCUCAAGAACUGCUGGUUCGCUCCGAACGUAUUCUAUCGAAUCAUCCACACCAUGGCCAAGCAGCACUCUCUCGUGUCUCUCGAGUUGGAAACCGUCUCUCUGACCGGCCGUCCGAUCCUCCGAGAAACCCUAGCAGGUUCUGAUGUAGAUGAUGACCCAUGGCCUAUAUCGCCCAGUGGCUCACAUCUCCCGAGUCUGGUUCGAGAUUCCCUAACCCUCUCCUGGUGCCAUGUCAUCGACAUGCUCACACCGGGACCGACAUUCAAAGAGAGCUUCCUCGAAGAGAACUUUCCUACCGAGCCGCAGUUGAGUAUUCGAAAGGAUCUCAAGCUCCAAAAGCUUGUGUUCAAGUCCUGCGGCUAUGUAGACAUACCAGAUUCCCGUUUCGUUUAUAACGCACGCGUCUCGAAACGGCCUUACCCGCUUGGGCUCAGACGAGGUGCCCGGGCGAUGUCCAGGCGAUAUCACGCCAAACGGCGAUCGCUGGCUGGUUUCAUGCAGGUCAACACCGACAGACAUCUAGGCCGCAUAACCGAAGUACUUGAUCCUCGCGAGGAGUACUGCAUGCAAACGGCCUUUGGACUGCACGCCGGCUGGCCCGAUACCGAUGCAUACGGACUCAGUCGUCACCAAGCUGCCUUGUGUGACGGCAUCGCAUACCCUGGCUACGGCCGCUUCAGCGGCACCAUCGACGCUGGUUCUUUCAUGGACAUUAACUCUGACCAUAGAGCCCAAGCUUACGAGCUCGACACGUCGAGAUUCGAUUUUGACUACGAGGAAGACGACAACGAAGCCCUCGAGGAAAUGCUGAACGGAUUCGAGUUGGAGCUGGGUUACAACUUCCCGCGCCCCGGAAACGAUAACAACUAAACUAGUUGUUCGGAACUACUUACGACACGCCUAUAUCAUAUAUGUAUUACAUUCCGCCUCGCAAGAGCUUGCGAGCUAUUCAUGCAUCGACCAUAGCAUAGCAUAGCAUAGCAGGCUUUUCACUUUCAGUCAUUGCAUUUUUUCAGUCUGGUUUCCUAUUUUUCAGCAUGGCCACCUUUACCUAUCUGCGCAUCAGGCAGCAUAAGGUACACAGCAUACGGUGUUCAGG